GUGCAGGUUGAUCCGAAGCUGCUCUUCUUCGACGAUGCCGCCGUCUACAACGGCAAGAGGAUCGACCUCCGAGUCAAGAUGGCCGAGGUCGUCGACGGGCUGAGAGAGUGCAGCGAGUUCGACGGCGUCGUGGUCCUGCCGCGGUUCCCCGAGCCGCUGGAUAUCUCGGGAGUGGUGCCCCGGUCCGAGACGUGGGACGCGUUCGUCUCCCGCGCGGACGGGCUGCCGGACCCGGGGUUCGUCCGCAUCCCCUUCCACGAGCCGUUCCUCAUCUGCUACUCGUCCGGCACGACGGGCAUGCCCAAGGCCAUCGUGCACUCGGUCGGCGGGGCGCUGAUCAACUACUUCAAGGAGGGCGGGUUGCACGAGGGCAGCGGGCCCGACAGCGUGGCGCUGCAGUACACCACCGUGGGCUGGAUCAUGUACUUUGCCAGCGUCGGCGUGCUCCUGUUUGGCGGCCGCGCCGUCUUGUACGAUGGCUCGCCGUUCCAGCCCGACCCAAAGGUGCUGAUCCGCAUCGCCGAGGAGCAGAGGGUCACCAAGCUGGGCAUCAGCCCGCGGUGGAUGUUCGAGGUGGCCAAGAAUGGCAUCUCGCCUCGCGAGGUGGCCGACCUGUCGAGCCUCCGUAUCGUCACCUGUACCGGCAUGGUCCUCUCGGAUCAGCUGUUCGAGUGGUUCUAUGACAGGGGUUUCCCACCGAAUGUCCACUUGGCUAACAUAUCUGGUGGUACGGACAUUGCUGGCUGCUUCGGCCUCAUGAACCCCCUCACUCCAGUCUACGUUGGCGGGACCCAAGGCCCCUCCCUCGGCAUCCACGUCGCCAUCUACGACUCCCUCCUCCCAGACGGCCCGGGAAAGGAGGUCGAGCACGGAACUCCCGGGGAACUCGUGGCCGUAUCCGCCUUCCCCAACGUCCCCUGCUGCUUCUGGGGCGACAAGACGCCCGUGGCGUGCCGCGGCUCAAAGUACCACUCGGCCUACUUCGCGCGCUUCGACGGCGUCUGGGCGCACGGCGACUUCUGCUGCGUCCACCCGGUCACGGGGAACAUCUACUUCCUCGGCCGCGCUGACGGCGUGCUGAACCCUUCGGGCGUGCGCUUCGGCUCCGCUGAGAUCUACUCGGUUGUCGAGGAGCGGUUCGCGGACCGCGUCGCGGACUCGCUUUGCGUCGGCCAGAGGCGGCCGGGCGACCAUGACGAGAGCGUCAUGCUGUUCUUGCUGAUGAGGCCGGGGCAUAGGUUUGAUCGGAGGCUGGUGAAUGAGGUUAAGGAGGCGAUCAGGAAGGACCUCUCCAAGAGGCACGUGCCCAGAUAUGUCUUUGAGACGCCUGAGAUUCCGACGACGGUCAAUCUGAAGAAGGUCGAAUUGCCCGUGAAGCAGAUAGUCUCGGGGCAGAAGAUCAAGCCCAGUGGGACAUUGGCGAACCCGCGGAGCCUGGAGUAUUACUACCAGUUUGCAAGGGUCGAGGAUCUCAUUGGUGCAAAGGAGAAGCUUUGAAACCAGGUGUUGUUGUAACCCAGUAGAAUGUGCUCUUCACUCGUUCUACCAUAGCAUACAGCAGUGUGGAAAGGGGUUGCCAGCAAAACGGAAAGUGGUACAUGACCGCCUAGCGAUACUGCGUAAGGCAACCCCGGGGAAUAUAAUGGCUAUACGCCAUAAAUCAGCAGAAUAUGGUAUAGGCAACGAAGCAUUGGAGUUAGAGAAAUAAGGAG